AGAAAAGCAGAGAAUGUUUCAGGUAAAACUGGCUGUUUCUCAAUUCCAAGAACGCAAAGAACGGACAUGCGUUCUAGUGGAGACUCGUCUUGCCAGGCUACCUUGAAAGAACGAACUCGGAAGGACACAGAACGCAUCCUUGUGAGAAUUGAGAUGUGCUGCGAUCUUGUUGCUCAACUGACCGUCCCAACAUAUAAGUAGUGGCCAAUGCACAGUAAAUACAACAUAACAUCACAAACAAAUGUCAUAACAUUAAAAGAUUUCAUAUUAUUAUAGACAUUAUUUUCAUAGUGUUUUAUAUCGUUUUAAUUUACCGCGUGUAUUUGUGAAAAUGAGUAUGUAUGUUUAAUGUUACUUUUAUGCUUUGUGAAUGUUAAGAUUCUUUUUAAUAUGCCAAUAAAAAUACCGCAGGCUUUCUUCAGGUCUUUAUAACUUUAUUAAAGUUAGGCAAAACAAAUCGACAAACGUUUAUUUUCACAAGCUGUCACGAAUUUGCAAACUUGCAGCGGGGAAUCUCUUAUGUGAGAACAAGUUUAAAGCUAACAGGCUUCCAUACCUUGUACCCUGCAGCAUCUUCCGUUUGAUUCUCUCAAGUCUGCAUUCGAUGCAUCCUCGAUAUCAAGAACACAUCUGGGAACUUUUAUGCAUCCUCUGUACUUGCGUUCUUGAGUAUUGGAAUUGAACAUCAACAGUUGAUGAUGACGUAGUACAAGAACACACAAGAUUGCUUAAGCAUGAGAAACGGCCACUUUUUUCAUUCCCUUAGAUGACAAUCAACACACUUUUAUUCACUUUGAAUCACUUUGAUUCUCAGUUUUCUUAAGUAUUUAUCAGCAAGAUUGUUUUAUGUAUUUACAAUAUUGCCAAAUGAUCAAUAAAAACGAUACAAACAGUGACAGGAAAAAUAUAAAUAAUAAGCUCAAAAAAAAAAAAGGUACCAGUAAUGGCAGUAAAACUAUAUAGGUAAACUUUGUCAUGAAAAAAAUUCAUGUUUGCUUGACAAAGUUAUGUCUCAAAGUUUUUAAAAUAGUUUAGAUAGAUAGAGAAAGGUGACAUGAAAGUUAUAUACACUGUAAAAAUUAAAUAUACUUGAGGUGCUGUUAGGGCUUCAUAAGAUUGGCACACCGACGGAACCCUUUGUAGAUCCUCCUAUUCCAAUAAUUACAGAACAUAAUCCAGAAAACUUCUUAAACUGUAAAGCAGAUUUUAGGUUUGUUAAUAUUAGCCGGCAAUCACUGUUGAGUCUUGACUGUUGAAUGUUGAGUAAUAUUGAGUGAAUAUUGAGUAAAACCAAAUACAUUAUAGUUGAGCAGUUAUACAUGAUACAUAAAUUGAUGCAAUUACACCAACAAGGCAUUAAGGAGUAUUAAGAAUAUUGUUACAGAUGUUCACGGGUGACUCUUUAAAUAUAAUGAUCAAAGCAGUGGCUAGUUUCAGAUGUCUCGCUUCCCUCCCCAGUGAUACCUGUAUUUUGACGUUUCUGACACAAUGUGGAAUGAAGUUUAAGAGUUUUUCUGGUGGGCGAGAGCAGCGCUACAGAGAGUGGAGAUGAGGACAUGUCAGCCUCUGCUGUGUCGUACACAGCCACUCAACACACACCCACUAGCAUCACACUCACUGUCAAAAGAGUCAAACACAACAAAGUCAAGAAGAGAAAGAAGAGCACAGAGAAAACGCGCACUACCCCUAAAGCCAAGAAAGUUAAGGCUUACAGAGAGGGUUCUAGAAAAUCCAUGAGAAUGAAGAACUCUGCAUCUGAGGCCAGUGUUCUGGAUGAGAACACAACAGAAGGAUGGGAGACACGAAUUCGGCAGUGGACCGACCAGUAUGAGGAAGCUCUGGCUAACCAGUACAGCGCUGACGUACAGACCCUCCUUGAACACUACUGUGCCAAUGGCAACUCCUCCCCAAACCCAUCUACUGUCGCCAUGGACACCAUUAACCGAACAGAACUGGCUUGCAACAACACUGUGUUGGGCUCACAAAUGCAGUUACAGCUGGGGCGUGUAACACGUGUGCAGAAACAUAGGAAGAUUCUCAGAGCUGCACGGAAUUUAGACCCUGAAACACUCAUCAUUGAGUAUAGAGGCAAAGUCAUGCUCAGACAGCAGUUUGAAGUCAACGGACAUUUUUUCAAAAAGCCAUAUCCAUUUGUCCUGUUCUACUCCAAGUUCAACGAAGUGGAGAUGUGUGUGGAUGCCCGGACAUUUGGCAAUGAUGCACGGUUUAUCAGAAGAUCGUGCACACCCAAUGCUGAGGUACGGCACAUGAUAGCAGAGGGGAUGAUUCACCUGUGUAUCUAUGCUGUUGCUCAAAUCUCAAAAGAUUCUGAAGUCACUAUUGGCUUUGACUACGAGUUUAGCUGCUGUAAUUAUAAAGUGGAUUGUGCCUGUCAUAAGGGCAAUCAGGACUGUCCUGUGCAGAGACACAAUCUCCGCCCCCUCCAACUACCAUCCCCUCAGUCUUCACACUUUGCCCUGCCUGGAGCAGAAACGAGGAGGAGACGAGCCCGACGCAGAGAGAUGGAAGGGGACAGGGUCGUAACCGGUGUGUCUGAUGAAAGCAACCACCUGCUGGAAGAUUCAAAUGAGACACAGGGAGUUAGCGAUACAGAGGAUGCUCUUAUUGACAGAGUGAAGUUGGAGAAUGGAGAGGAGUUAGAUGAGAAUGGAGCUCUAAUACCAAACAGACGUUCUCGUGAUGAACGCAAAGCAGAGGCCAUAAUGCACAUGUUUGAGAACCUUGAGAGGAGAAAGAAACGUGGUCAGGUUACUGCGCAGGCUACAGCCGAAGAAACCAAACUGGAAGCUGGGGAGGCAGAAGUGCCCUCACUUAUGGCAGGAAACUGUGUACCAAAUACAGGAGCAGGUGGAGGAGUCAGCACACGGCGUACCUCCUUUGCCACUGUGGACACAACAGACAUUGACUCUGAGAAGCCCCCUGCUACACCCAGUCCUGCCCCUAAAGCGCAACCUGCCCGCAGUUCCAAACCACGUCCUAAGAGCCGUAUCUCCAGGUACCGCUCCAGUUCAGCCCAGCGUGCUCGGAGACAGCGGCAGGCUCUUUCCCAGCAAGCAGCAGAGGGAGUUCUAGUGGGAGGUGAAGAGGGCAGUGCGGGCUCAGCCCUCAGGGAGCAGGGCCAGGGAGAGGGAGCUCCAAACUAUGGCCAUCUUCAAGAUGGAGAGCUAUAUGGAGCCGCCUCUGCAGCAGGGAUGGGUAAUAAGACAAAUGUCAGAUACCCAAAAACCAAAAAGUACCUGGUGACGGAGUGGUUAAAUGACAAGGUUCCAGAGCGGGUGGAGGAGUCUGUGGAGCGCCCUUUACGCAUCACCACUGACCCCACAGUUCUAGCCACCACCCUCAACAUGCUGCCAGGACUAUCUCAUUCACCUCUCAUCUGUACUACCCCCAAACACUAUGUUCGUUUUGGUUCACCCUUUAACCCUGAAAGACGCCGGCGACCCUUUAUGAUUGACCCUGCAUAUGGUUCUUGCAAGAAGAGGUGGAUGAAACAAGCGCUGGAUGAGAGCAUGUUAUCUGGCCUGUUGGAGGAUGGAACGGAGUCCAAUUCUUCACACAAAAGUAACACCAGCAGCACCAGCAGCUCUCUCCAGUUUAAACCUGAGCUGACAGGACCAUUUAAGAAGAGGAAAUUGAAGUGUUCGUCGGAAAUAGCAGCUCCACCUUCUGAACUUUUGUUACGACCAUUAUCCCCCAUCACCCCACCUCUGCCCUCUGAACUUCCAAUGACGCCUCUUCAUUCGCUCCUAAAUCCUUGCUCGCUUUAUUUAGGUGGGGAAGUGGAGAAGCUAAAUGCUACCAUGCAUUCGUACUCGCCACUCACAUCCCGGCCCACCAGCCGCUGCAAUACACCUUUACAGUUUGAGAACAUCUCUUCUCCUGAGGCUUCUCCUGUGCACAGAUCAGAAUCUCUGACUCCAGAACCCUGUUUGCGACCAGACUUCACUUCACGGGUUACUGCCUUCCCUGACUUUUCCACAAGCCGUGGAAGCCCGGCUCCUGUGUCAGAAGACUUCUCGCUUGCUGCUCCAGACUCUCUCAGUGGCUCUGGUGGUGGGACUCCCCGCAGCUCAGCUGUUGUGUCCACUCUAUGUGACUCUUCCUUGGUUUCACAUGCCAGUGAGGCACAGGCCCGAGAACAGGCGUUUAGGACAGAGUUUAACCUCAUUUACACCUGCUCUCCCCUCAAUGCCAAUCUACCACCUGGUCCUGUAAGUGACAGACACUUCCCACAGUCAGAGGGAGGCUUUUCCACGGCUGACUCUGAUUUUAGCACAAUGAGCAGCCAGGGGCUGCUGAUGGAGGCGGGGUCCGGCUCUCUCUCACUGUAUCUUGACACACAGUUUGGAGGUGGAUAUUCAGAGAGCAGCACAUCCCCUCACCCUAGCAAUCCACCACAAAAGAAGAAGAGGGUCAUGGUGAGUGCUGGUAGUCAGCUGGCUGGCUUGUCUGGGUACCAGGCAUUAGCUGUAAGGGGCCAGUUCAAGCCAGGGCAGAACAUGGUCUCUCUGCUAGAGUACAGGGAACGAAAGAAAGGGCCACGGGACCCAGCGCCCCUCGUCACAAACCUCAGCUCCAUUUCCCCUCGCGCAGAGUCUCCAGGACAGCCGCGUGCUCAUUUUCAGCCUUCAGUCUCUCCGCACAAUUCGUUCUCUCCAGAAAGGCAAACUUUCCCACAGAUAGAGGAGGUCAGUCCUCCUGCCAUCAGGUCUGGGAGCCACACACAGACCACAAUACUGGGUGGACCAGAGUCCAACCACUGGAUGGUCCCUACAUCAGUUGAGCGGUUGAGGGAGGGACAGGGUGCUCUGGAACGUGUCCUGAGGGGUAAUCUAAACAUAGAGCGUGCCCUUAAAAGAGCAGAUGCCGGAAUGAAUGACCAAAUCAGCAGUCGUGACAAGAGUUCUGAUGCCCUUGAGAUGGACAGGUAUGAUCUUCAGAGCUCAUCUCUGGCCUCUCCCAUAAAGAGUCCUUCUGUACACCCACAUCAGCAGAUGCUGCCUCUCCAGCCAGAAUCCCAUCAGCACUCGGAAAGCCCCGCCUACGACCAGCAGAGCUCCUCUUCUCCAUUCUGUCCCUCUGUAAGUCCCUCCCCUCCCCGCUGCAGCUCUGGGGGGCCUAGUUACUAUCCUUCAAAGCUGCCCACACACAGCCCACUCACCCAAGAAAGCCCGCCCUCUUCUACAGUAUCCAUCUCCUCAGUGGACUCAUCAAUGUGUGCGCCACAGCCUCACAGCAGCAGUGGAGGUGGGAUGGACACUUCAGGCCUUAAAACUAAACUGUUGGACAGCACCCUGUCAGCUGCUCUUUCUCUACCCACAAGAGGUCUAGGCAACCUAAAAAUGGACAGCACUGCAGUACCACACACACAAGGUGCUCAUGGCUCCAGAUUGGCCCAGUCGUCAAGAGUGCACAGCCAGAGAAUAGACAGACCCAGUCAGGCUAACUCGAGACAUCUCACAGCUUCUGGAGCACAGCACUAUCCACAACGAAAUUUACAGGGUUCAGGGGUAUGGACACAGUCGGGGACUUUUUAGGACCCGCCGUGUGAGCGUGCGUGCUUGUGUGUGUGUGUGUGUGUGUGUGUAUGUGUAUGCUUGUAUGUGUGUCAGAAAGAGAAGUGUGUGAUAUCCUCCUCACUUGUACCUGUGGAGAAACUCUGCGUUGUUAGCGGGAAUUUGAUGUAUUGAGUUCUGUAUGGAUGGUCUACUUUUUUUUUUUUUUUUUUUUUUUUUUUUUUUUUUUUUUUUUUACUUUUCCCAGUUCCUUUUAUCUUUUUCCAAAAACUGAAUUUCUGCAGUUACAUGUAACUUAGUGUGGACUUCAUAACAAUCAAAUCAAUGGAACAUUAAAGUAACUAGUUUGGAGUAUA